GUUUGCGUUUGACAAAGAAAUGAUUUGAACUUCCCGGAGCCGCAGAAAAUCGGGAUCCCGAGGCGCACCCGGGCCCAUAUGGAUGUGAUUUCCCAGCUCGCUCCCAGAUGAUCCAGCGGCACCGGGAGCCGCGGCGCUGAGCGGCUCCGCUGCCUCUCCCCAUGGGCUCCGCGGCGGAAUUUUGGGAGCUGCCCGCCACUCCAGCCAUGAGAAAACGAGGAAAAGCCCCGGGAUCUCUCGUCAUGUGCCUCUCUGGCUGAAAGCUGGGGAGCCAAAGGAACAAAAUCCCGCGGAUCUGGGGGCACGCGAGGGAGGACAAGGAGAAAUCCGCGCCGCUGGAAUUCCGAGCUCGCCUACCUCCCGCUUCCCUGCGCGAGGCUGGAUGCUGGAAGCAGCCCCUUGGAUAUGGGAUCAUAUCUGGUGUAUCCCAGCCUGGGUUUGAUCCUCUGCUGCUCCGUGCUCAGCUCCGUCUACGCGCUGGUGGAUGCCGACGAUGUCAUCACCAAGGAGGAGCAGAUCUUCCUCCUGCUGAAGGCCAAGGCCAAGUGCGAGCGCCACCUGAAAGCCAAGGUGCCCAAGGUGCACGAUGGCUUCUGCCUUCCGGAGUGGGAUGGCAUCGUGUGCUGGCCCGAGGGCGUGCCCGGCAAGGUGGUGGCCAUGCCCUGCCCCGAGUACAUCUACGACUUCAACCACAAAGGCCACGCUUACCGCCGGUGUGACCUGAACGGGAGCUGGGAGCUGGUCCCGGGCAACAACCGCACCUGGGCCAACUACAGCGAGUGCGCCAAGUUCCUCACCAACGAGACGCGGGAAAGGGAGGUCUUUGAUCGCCUCUAUUUGAUUUAUACUGUUGGAUACUCCAUCUCCCUGGGAUCCCUCACAGUUGCUGUCCUUAUCCUGGGAUACUUCAGACGUUUGCACUGCACUAGGAACUACAUCCACAUGCACCUGUUUGUGUCCUUCAUGCUGAGGGCCGUCAGCAUCUUCGUGAAGGACGCAGUCCUGUACUCCGGGUCAGCCCUGGAGGAGAUGGAGCGGAUCUCCGAGGAGGACUUGAAAUCCAUCACGGAAGCACCUCCAGCGGAUAAAUCGCAGUUUGUGGGCUGUAAAGUAGCUGUCACCUUCUUCCUCUACUUCCUGGCUACCAAUUACUACUGGAUCCUGGUGGAAGGGCUCUAUCUCCACAGCCUCAUCUUCAUGGCAUUUUUCUCAGAGAAGAAAUAUCUCUGGGGAUUCACAUUAUUUGGCUGGGGACUCCCUGCUGUGUUUGUCACAGUGUGGGCCAGCGUCAGAGCCACUCUGGCCGACACAGAGUGUUGGGACUUGAGUGCUGGCAAUUUAAAGUGGAUUAUUCAGGUGCCCAUCCUGGCAGCUAUCGUGGUAAAUUUUAUUCUCUUUAUCAAUAUUAUCAGAGUCCUCGCAACCAAGCUCCGAGAGACGAAUGCAGGGAGGUGCGACUCGAGACAACAGUACAGGAAGCUGCUGAAAUCUACCCUCGUCCUUAUGCCUCUGUUUGGCGUUCACUAUAUUGUUUUCAUGGCUAUGCCAUACACAGACGUGUCAGGGAUUCUUUGGCAAGUUCAAAUGCACUAUGAAAUGCUGUUCAACUCUUUCCAGGGAUUUUUUGUUGCCAUCAUAUACUGUUUUUGCAAUGGAGAGGUCCAAGCAGAGAUAAAGAAGUCAUGGAGCAGGUGGACUUUAGCACUUGACUUUAAAAGGAAAGCCCGGAGUGGGAGCACAACCUACAGUUAUGGACCAAUGGUUUCCCACACCAGCAUCACAAAUGUAGCCACCAGAGGGGCGCUUGCCCUGCACCUCAACACGAGACUUAUCCCAGGGACCCUCAACGGCCACCGGAAUUUGCCAGGUUACGUGAAAAAUGGCUCCAUCUCAGAGAAUUCCAUGCCUUCCUCCGGCCCGGAGCAGUACAACAAAGAUGAGGAAUACCUGAAUGGCUCCGGGCUUUACGACGGAGACAGACCCACGGUCCUUGUGGAAGAGGAGAGAGAGACAGUGAUGUAAAGCCAGGAGGAGGACAAAAAAAAAAAAAAUCAGCCAAAGGAUGAGAAAAAGGUUCCUGGAGAGCAUUUAGUGGGAAAAGACCGUCAGGCCAUGCAGCGGAUCCCGAGGGGUUUCCAUGCAGCUCCUCUGUUCUGUGGAAUGAGAGAUUUAAGUUAUUUGGGGGAAAAAAAAAAAAAAAAAAAAAAAAAAAAAAAAAAAAAAAAGGCAGCGAGCCACCAACGUGGCCAGUGGGUGAUGCCAUCCAUGAAUUCCGUGAUCCACGUUCUCCUGGUGAUAACAGAGCUCUCCAGACCUGCUGGACACCGGAGAUUCCUGGGAAUCUCCGGUCCUUGGAUCCGUCGGAGAGCGGGGGUGGCCAAGGAGGACGGGAGCGUCCCCCAGGAAAGCAGGAGGCGUGCAGGGAGGGUGCAGUGCCAUCGUCCCGGGAGGGGACAAGCCACCCCUGGGGGGUCGGUGGCUCGGGUUUGGUUUGUUCUCUGCCUGUGGAUCUGCCUGGUGACACACACAGCGUUGGGAAAGGCCCCGCGAUCCGCCGGUCACGUGUUGGGUACGACCAGCCCCACGUUCCUCAUCCCCUGGGAAUGCUCGCUCCGUGGCAAAAUGUUCCUCUGGGGCGGGGAGGGUUAGCAGCUCAUGGAUGCAGGCAGGGAUUGUCCUCUCCUUCCCCCGAGUCCUGGGAGCAAGGCAGGAGCCGGUACAAUUUUCGGGUUGGAUGCGGUUAUCGGAAUGUGCGGCAUUCCUGCUCUUCCAGAGGGGCAGGUGGACAGGGCACCACCAAGGGCACAGAAUUUGCAGGUCCCAGAGGGGUGAUUGUGGCUAAAAUCAGCUCCCGGGGUGGAGAACUCAGCCCUCCCUUUUUGUGGGUGCUCCUGGAAAGCGGCUUCAAUCCUUUCUUAAAACUCGGGAUUGUUCCUUGCUCUGCCCUCUGGAUGUCCUGGUCCACAGGGACAUGGAAUUCUGGGAUGGUUUGGGUUGGAGGAGACCUUAAAGGUCACCUCGUUCCAGCCCCUGUCAUGGGCAGGGACACCUCCCACUGUCCCAGGUUGCUCCAAGCCCCAUCCAACCUGGCCUUGGGCACGUCCAGGGAUGGAGUAUCCACAGUUUCUCUGGACAGUUAAUCCAAACCCUAAUGAGGAGAAAGACUCCACCAGCAGCAGCCAGCUGCUCUUCUGAGGGCUAAUUAAGGAUUAAUUUCCCCAGGCUCUGAAGGGAGUCAGGAAGAGCAGGUGGGACCCUGACUUUGUGUCCCACAUCUUUAUCAACCUCUCAGAUUAGGGCCUGACCAAAGUCCGGUGGAAUCCAGGGAAAAAUCUCCUCCCUUUGACAUGUCCGAGGUUUGGAUUCCGACCUGCUGGGGGAUGUGGUGGCUGUGAGGUUCUGACAGGAGCUGGAUCUAUUGCAGGUCACAGAAUCCCAGAAUCCCUGAGGCUGGAAAAGCCCUCCAAGGUCAUCAAGUCUGAGCUGUGCCCGAUGCCCACCACACCUCCGAGUGCCACAUCCAGGAAUUCCUUGGACACUUCCAGGGAUGGGCACUCCAAACUUCCCUGGGCAGCUCCUUCCAAGGCCUGAGCACCUUUUCCAUGGGGAAAUUCCUCCUGGUGUCCAGGCUGAACCUCCCCUGGCACAGCCUGAGGCCGUUCCCUCUUGUCCUGAACAGAAAUCUUUGACAGCCGAUAUUUAUUUGUGAUGUUCUUUUCUUGUCUAGCCUCACCAAAAGAAGUCAAACCUCAUCAUAGCCUUUUCCCACCAAAUAAGAGUUAUCAAAAUAUCAGCUUUUCAAAACUUAAUCCAUUUUCCCACUCUCUUCUUCUACCCCUCCUGAUUUUCUGGCUCAAAGACAUUUCUAAGUUAUCAUUUCACUGCUGGAACAAAGCAAAAAUACCAAAAAACCCCGAACAAAGCAAAAAUACCAAAAAACCCCAACCAGUGACUCACUCUUUGCUUGUGUUUAUUACUCAAUAUUGAGAACACUUGACAAUCCCUCAGAAAUUCAAGGAAUCAACAAAAGCCGUAAAUUUAUUUAUAAACAAACAUAUCCCCCCCCUCCUAAAACGCAGCUCUCACUGAAAUGAAUUCGACACUGGAUUAUUUAGGAUUAAAAUAAAAAUUACAGGCACUAGGGUUGUGCAGGGGCAAGAAUUAUUUUUUUUUUUUUAAUCCUUUGAAUUGCAAAUCAUAAACAGAUUUUUCUUUCCUGGAUGUUUCUGUGCAUGAGCAACAUCCAUGUAAAAAUUGGGAUAAUGCUGACACCAAAACAGAGGGAAAACUGCCACUAAGGCCCAGCAGGAUCUGUUUGUCACAGUGCGUUCCCAUCAUUCCUGGGCUGGUCCCAAACUCUUGGUUGAGUGUGUGGAUCAGGAUUAUCUGGAGAUCCAGGGUCAUCCCUCCUGGAUUUUAGUGAGGAAGAAUCAGAGCUGGCAUGUCUGGAAAGAGAGAAGAAGCCCCAGUUUCAGGGUGGGAUUUUCCCUGGAAGGACAAAUGGAAUGAUCCUGGUGGAGCUUAGCCAGAGCCUUUGGAUCCAGAGCAGGCUCCUCUUCCCUUCCUCCAUCACCAGGGGCUGAGAGCAUUUCCCAGGGAGUUUAUCCCCAUCCAAAGGUCUGAGUCCCUCUGGGAUAACAUUUCCUCCCCUGUGGGAUUUUCCUGUGCAAACACAGCCCCAGCGGCCACAGCAAACAGAAACCUUGGAGGGGAGGAUUCAUUUGUUCAGGAUUCGCCCACAAAUCCUGCAGGAAUGACAGGGCUUGUGCCCAUCCUGGUUCGGAUCCAACGUGGGAUCGUGGGGCGGAGAGAGCAGAUUGGAGCUGGGGUGUAGCAAACGUAGCAUGGAAUCGUUGUCAUGGAAUCGUUGUCAUGGAAUUGUUGUCACGGAAUCGUUGUCAUGGAAUUCUUGUCAUGGAAUUGUUGUCACGGAAUCGUUGUCAUGGAAUCAUUGUCAUGGGAUCAUUGUCACAGAAUCGUUGUCAUGGAAUUGUUGUCAUGGGAUUGUUGUCAUGGGAUCAUUGUCACAGGAUCGUUGUCAUGGAAUUGUUGUCACGGAAUUGUUGUCACGGAAUCGUUGUCAUGGAAUCGUUGUCAUGGGAUUGCUGUCACGGAAUCAUCCCAGAAUGAGUUGGGUUGGAAAAGACCUUAAAGCCCAUCUCAUUCCAUGGGCAGGGACACCUUCCACUAUCCCAGGUUGCCCCAAGCCCAGCCCACCUUGGAAAACAGGAGAAGAAAUUUUCCCAAGGGAGGAGGAGAAUAUCCCAGAGAGCUGUCUUUCCCUGUUUUUCCCUAGUUUUCCCUCCUCCUUUGUAUCAGAUCUGUGCCCGUUUUCCUCUCAUCCUAGAAAACAUCUGGCAAUACUCCAUGGAGUAUUUCCAUGGAGCCUCUCACUUCCCCAAGCCAAGCUGUGCCCUGCAGUAUCCCGGCUGACUGGCUCACACGGAAUCUCCCUGGAAUCUUUUGGAUCAUCAUCCUCUUCUCCAGAGCCACGUGUUGGGCUUGGACAGGGAGUCUCACCCCUGGCAGGUUCCUCGAUUGUUCCUCUCCUAUUCCCACCUGCAGCAGAGUUCUCCUCAGGAUUCCUUGCUCCAUGAUCCCGCUCUUUUCUGGGAUUUGACAGCUGUUUAAUCUUCCUUUUAUUUCUUUGGGAUGACUUUUGGCAGCAGUUUCGCCAUUCCUGCUUCUCCUGGGUAAAGGCAGACGAUUGUUUUUCUGCCUCCUCCAUUCCCCCUGGUCCGGGUUCAGAUGAGAUCAUGUCUUGUCCUACCCCUCAUCAUUCCUCAGCUCUGCUCCUUGUCUUGUUCUGGAGCCAAAAAUGCUCACAAAGAUCUCCCAAAAUCAAAUUUUUUUAGCCAGGGAUUGGCUUUGUUUAUCUGUUUAUGGGCAAUCAGCUGGAGGUCAGGGAACAUCCACAGCGCUGGGAAGAAUUUUCCACUUUUUAAACCAUGAAAAUCCACAGAGAGGGAAGGUGUCCAAAGUUUUUAUUCCUCUUGGUUGUCUUGACAAACUCGGUGACUGAAAGGGCUUUUCACUUCAGAUUCUGAUGUUUCAAAAAGUUAAGAAACCUCAUUUAUAGGUUGGGUUCUUUUUCUCACAUGUCCUCCUUGGUGAUUCCGUGUCCUCCUUGGUGAUUCCAUGUCCUCCUUGGUGAUUCCGUGUCCUCCUUGGUGAUUCCAUGUCCUCCUUGGUGAUUCCAUGUCCUCCUUGAUGUUCUCAAGUCCUCUUCGGUGUUCCCAAGUCCUCCUCAGUGUUCCCAGGUCCUCCUCGGUGUUUCCAGGUCCUCCUUGAUGUUCCCAAGUCCUUCUCAGUGUUUCCAGGUCCUCCUUGAUGUUUCCAAGUCCUUCUCAGUGUUUCCAAGUCCUCCUCGGUGUUCCCAGCUCCUCCUCGGUGUUCCCAGCUCCUCCUUUGCCAUUUAAAGCUCAGAGACACCAAACAAACUUUGCUGAGAACACAAACCUGUUCGGAUGUGCUUCACUUAGUGAUUAACUCCAAGCUAAUUUGCUGUCAAGGCUUUCAAUGGCCCUUGGUAAAUCUCCUAAUCCUGGUUUUCCUUCCCUCAGUGCUGACAGGAAUCCUCACUGGCUGCUCUUUGCUCUGUAAGAGGUUUGGGACGGUUUGGAGCCGGGAUUUUCUUCUGGGAGUCUUUUCCCACACUUCAAUUCCUUUUUCCAAACUGUCCCUCCAAAACAACCUCAAAAACUUAUUUAAAUAACUUAAUUCAGCAUUUAAUUUCCCCUUUUAAGUGGGUGCAAAUUUGGCUGGAGGAAAGGGUUUGUGGUUCAAAGCCAAUCUCAACUGGCAGUUCCCAAACCAAUCCAGAGCUUUGGGAUAGGAAUUUCCUUGGAUCAUCUGGGUCUCACUGUACUCAUCACACCUGGGGCAGAGUUCAGGUAUCCCGAGGUGGGAGAUGACUCCCAAACACUCCUAAAUCUUGGUGGAUUUAUGGGAAAAGGGCACAGAGAGAGCAGGGAAAACACUCAUUGUGUUUGUGCCUCACUCCAGGAGGGUUUCAAACAACAAAAUAGAAAUCUUAAGCUAUUUUUGUUUAUUUUCUGGGGUCCUGCUGAGUGCUUUGCUGGGCUCUGGACAGUGUCUGGAAUUCUGAUUUCUCCCAGUUCUCUGUGCUGGAUAAAACCUCUCCAGUGAGUGGGCAGAGAUGUUCUGAGCUGGGCUCCAGGGCAGGAGAGCUGGAAGCAGCUCCAAUGUGGAUUUGAUAUUCCUUGGCAUGAGGCAGGAGCUGCUCGGCUGAGGGGAUUUGGGGUAACUCAGAGCAGUGAAAAGGCAGAACAGCUCUGGAGCUAAAGCACAGCUCAGGACUCGAGUCCAAUGUGCAGAAUGGAUUUCAAAUCCAGCUUCCAACUGCAGCUCCAGAAAUGCUCUGCUGAGAAUUACAGACCAGGCUCGGUGUUGGGAUUAAAUCCAAGGACACCCAGUGAUCAGCUGGACAUAAAACAAUCCCAUUUAUCUGUCCUCUUCCUUUCCUUUCCUUUCCUUUCCUUUCCUUUCCUUUCCUUUCCUUUCCUUUCCUUUCCUUUCCUUUCCUUUCCUUUCCUUUCCUUUC